AUGAGCCUUGAUUCCAGUGCCUUUCCGAGGUCGAACUCCCCCGCAAGCUCCGAGAGCUCCCUGACGCGCACCCGCCUACAGGGAAAAGAUGGUUCUCUGAAGAAAGACAAGAAUUACCGCCGAUAUGCCUCCAGCGUCGAGCGAGCGUUGUCGCUGUUCGACAAUGCUCUACAGGAAUGGGCCGACUAUAUCUCCUUCCUCAGUCGCCUUCUAAAGCACGAGGGACUGUCGCACGACUUGCCAUUGUAUCUGCCUGGUCUGGCACCCACCUUGACCUUUGCCUCGCUUACCGUUCGCCCACUGUUUCUGUCGCUGGUGGAGGGAUAUAUUGUUGAUCUGGAACCGCGAGCCAUCCGCCCAGCCUUGAAAGCAACUCUCUUAGCACUACUUCCGGGUCUCGAAGAAGAAACGAGCGAUGAUUUUGAGCCGACGCUUCGUACAAUCAACAAGCUGCGCAGUGCUGCCGGGUGCCUUGAGAUACAGAAGACAUCCGGGACAGAGGCUUCUGGACAAUACUUCUGGCAAUGUCUUUUUCUCGCGUCCAUCACCAACCCCAGCCGGCGGCUUGGUGUCCUGGCGUAUCUGAAUCGCUGUCUCCCGAGACUUGGCAUUGCGGACCGCCCAAGCGCAGCCGAAACGAGCGACAGCCAGGCUUCAUCUGAAUUGCUAGCAGCCGCAGACUCCGUCAUCCUACCGGAGCCUGGCCUGCUAAUUCGGUGCUUUGCAACAGGCUUGUCUGACGACCAAGUCCUGGUUCAGCGCAACUUUCUCGAUUUGCUUGCCACCCAUCUGCCUCUUAACUCUCCGGUUUUGCGGUCCAAAAUUGUGGACAGCGACCUUCAAACAUUGAUCAUUGCGGCGGUGGGCGUAGUCACCCGGCGAGAUAUGAGCUUGAACCGCCGGCUAUGGGCAUGGAUGCUUGGGCCGGAACCUGCCAACGAUCGUCCUUCACUAGAUCAACGAAAAUUUUCGUCAGACGCCGCUCGAUCUUCGCUAGUCGAUGGGAAGGACCAUUCGCAAACACAAUAUUUCAGCCGUGUGGGUUUGCAGCCGUUGGUUACCGGGUUACUGGAAAUGAUCAAACACGCGCCAAGUGUCCCAACAGAGAGAACAAAGCCAUUCCGGAUAUCGUUAUCCUUGAUGGAUCGCUGGGAGAUUGGUGGAUAUAUCGUCCCCGCGGUCUUCCUACCCACCAUGCGCAGUGUUCAAGCAUUUGAAAAAGAAGCCCCCACGAGUCACUUUGAGGAGGUCUUUCGCAGCGCGAGCGCCUUCUUUGACGGGGUCGAGAGUGGAGUAAUAUUCUCGGAGCUUCUGGGCCUGGUUGAUUUCCGCUUCAGUGAUAUAAACCGCAACGAUGACCGAAUCUUGCACAACUUGACCCUUGCGUGGUUCAUACUUGAGAACUUCAAUGUGCGGGAAGAAGAGAUGCUUCAAGUUCAUAUUCCUCUGCUGGCAUUAUCCGCCCUCGUCAAGAUGAGAGAAAUUUCAUCAUCCCAGGGACAGUCGUCCGAGAAUAUUGCCAAAAAGCGGACUGUGUCCAGUGAAUUGAACAACGUGCUGAAGUCUGUAACUGGCCUGCUCACUGAAAGAGCAUUUUCGAAAAAGACGAGCUCCGAAAAGGCCGUCGCCGGAGAUGGAAAGGCUAAGAGUACUGAUAUAUUGAAGAAGAUCCAUCGUUUCUAUGAGCAUAGCAAGAACAGCCUUGACCUACCACCUCUGCCAUUCGCUUUCAGACAUCUGAGCGAGAUGAUGAUUCGAGAAGCCCACGAAUUGACCAUUGCCGCGCUGGAAAGCCGUGAUGACACCUCAUCGCUUCAUGAAAAACUCGAUCUCCUUGUGACAUUACUCAGGAAACUUCCCAAGUCGCGGAUUCUUCGAGAUAGACGGUUGUACGAGGCCAUUUCUCGGCGACUGGAUGUAGGACAGGACAAACCGACGACUGCUGUCUUCGCGGUGACCUCCACUAUCACGUCCGCAGUGGCGAGCCUGUUUUUCGUUCAGACUCCCGGUUUCUAUCUCAGUUACGAGGAUACAUGCGAUCUCAUCCCCACGCUUGUUGAUCGGCUUUGGCAAUAUUUGUCUCCGCUCAGUCCCAAGUUCCAUGUUGAAGCCAUUCGCUGCUUAUGGCUUUUGCAUUCAAUUUCUUGGGUUGAUCACCUUGUUGAAGCAUCUAUAACGUCUUUGAUGGUCAACACGUCCCUGGCAAAGUCAGGUCAUCUCUCCUCCGAGGAACAAGCCGAGCGGUUCUAUGUCCUUUGGAAUCACAGCCAUCACAACACGCAUGAGCAACCCCCGAAGCAAGUAUUCGAACUUGGAGGGACUUUAUUCUCUUAUCAGGUUCUUCUUGUCGUCGUUUCAAAACUCGAGGAGUUAUUCGAGCGUGAUGCUCCUAGUGACACAGUAGACGGCAUCCAGGCCAUCUCCCCAGACGAUUACAAGGAGUGCAAUUAUCUGCUACGAACAGCCUCGAAUAUUAUCUCCUCGCUUUCCCACAGCGGAUGGAUUACCCUUCUCAACCAUACGUUAGGACAAACAGAAAGGCGACCAGAUACAUCAAAAUCCGAAGACGAUGUGGAUAUGAAAACCCUUCAUUCUGCUAUUUUUGAUUCCUCGCUUCAUAUUGUCAACAAAGCACCAAGCUGUACGAAGAUUAGUCCGGAGGGAGAGCGAUUGCAGAAAGAUACUCUUCAUCUGAUGCGACAACUUCUCCUCGGCCCGGGGUCGGAAUAUUUGGCAGAAACUGGCAUUGAUGAUUUCCUCGUGGACAGACUCCUCGUGGCAGCUGAUGAGGGUGGCAGCGUUGUAAUCCAGGGAGCCAUCAUUGAUGCACUUCUCGCAGCACUGAAGGUGCGGUUCGCGCAAGCAUACUUACCACCACAACCGCCUCGACCGAAGCAUCAGCGAGCAGCUUCUCGUGAUCGGUUGACAAGCCCAUCGAUUCUAUCUUUCACCAGUGAUAGAGCAGACAGGGCAUCUUCCUUGCAUCAGCUGCCCCAGCCUCCAGAGCGGCUUUUGGACUGUCUUCUUAAAGGAAUCAGUUCACCAAAAUCCAGGGAAAUUGUGGACAAGUGGAUCGGGCUACUUUGUGAAGUGCUCCCUCUCUACUCUGGCUCAAUUUUCCAGAUUCUUUUGAUGCUGGUGGAAUGCUUCUGCAGGGAAAUCCGCCUGUCCUACGGGAGGCUCCAGCUCGCUUUCCAGCAGACAGAAGACUGGCCGCAAGACCGUUCUGAGCAUGUGACUAUCACAUUGCUUACCGGCCUCGAAACUUGCAUUGCGAAUGCCCACGAGCGCCUCCUUCUAGAAGAGGCCAAUGCACCAGCAGUCAAAAGCCCCGUGGACCAAGCACAGGGCUUUUUUGGAAACAUGGUGUCGGGAGUUUUCCAUUCAGAAGGCAACCAGGGACGUCCCAAUACCGCCAACAAUCGAUUGACGGUGCUUCUCUGCUUCCAAGACGCUGUGCGUCUGUGCUUCUCGAUCUGGAAAUGGGGUGCAGGGGAUCGAAGCGGCUCUGCUCCCGAUUCUGAGUCCAUGGCGUCCUUCCAGUAUACGUCACUGCGGAUGAGGAACCGAUCCCGCCGACUCCUGGAGCACUUUUUCACUGCGGAGGCUCUUGAAUGUCUCGAGACGCUGGUGGAUUUGUGGACUAAGUCUGACACAGAGACGGCAGCGCUUAUUUUCAACCUGCUUCAUACCCUUGAUGGGUCACGGCCGAAGAUUACGAUUCCCGCCAUCUUCAACGCAAUCUAUACUCGCACCAAUCCGAGUGCCUUGGACCACAGCCGCAAGUCAUCGCUGGCUUCUAACCUUUCCGAAUCCGAGCUCGCCAGUUUCCUGGUCACCUAUGCACGCUCACUGGAUGAUGACGUUCUCGACGAGAUUUGGACCGACUGCAUGACGUUUUUACGCGAUGUACUUAGCAACCCCUUCCCGCAUCGGCAGAUUCUGCCACGUCUGAUUGAAUUCGCUGCGAUCUUGGGCGCAAAGCUGGAGCACACAACCUUUGGCGAGGACCGGCGCAUGCGAAAGGAACUCGGAGAGGUUCUACUGCGACUGCUCACGGCUGUGUUCACCAGCAAGCCCUUGGGACUCAAUCAAGAUUCCGGUCUCCUGGCGAGAUCAUCUUUCGAGUAUGAUCGCACUUCCGUGUCCCAUACUGGACCCGACGACAUCCUGAGCAUUCUUGCGGUUUCCAUGCCGUCCUUCAUCACGACCCUGGGCGACUCGGACCGGAUCACCACUGCCAUCACGGGAAUGUCGACGAACGUUGUCGGGCCGCUCAUCCGUUCGCGUCUGUUCCCGAACAGUCUCAGCCGCAAUGUUAUGGUGCUUCUCCAGCAAAUGGCCAGAGUGCCGGCAGCGGCGAAGAUGUGGAAGAAGGACAUCUCCGACGCGUUCAACGACCCUCGCUUCUUUGGAUUGCAGGUGGAUUGGGUCAAGGACAACUGGAUGGAUCUUCUCCGGCAGUGGGUUCUCGCCGACAAGGAGCGUCUGGCAGAGAUCUUGGGUCGCCUUCCGCCACCCAGCACAGCAGGGAUUAUGUUCGGCGUGGGGGCUUCCGCCGCCCGGCUGGAAGCAGAUCGUAAAGCGCAACUCAACCUGCGGCGCAUCGCGCUGCUGAUCCUGUCUGCCAGCGAUGAUUACUUUGUGGGUGAGCUUCCGGCUUUACUUCGAAAGCUGGAAGACCUGCUUCCUGCCACUAGCUCGUCGUCUCCUUCCUCGGCAACUCGGGCAGAAAUCUUCAUGGUUGUCCGCGCACUCACGCUCAAGACCUCCCCUUCCGCCAUGGCACCGUUCUGGCCUAUGAUCAACGCCGAGCUACAAGAAGUCCUCUCGGCCGUUCCCCAAAACCCACCGUCCGAGCUGUACAAUCCCUACGCACUGCUUCAGGGGUGCAAGUUGCUCGACACGCUGCUUGUUCUCGCACCAGACGACUUCCAGCUCCUCGAAUGGCUCUUUGUGACCGACACUAUCGAUGCGGUCUACCCGCCCAACCGCUGGGAACCGGUCGCACUGGCUGAUGAGGUGUCACAUAGCUUCAAGCCUCGUGAGGUGGUCUCUCCGAUGAUUCCCGAAGAGCCCAGUGAGUCUGUUUCCCACGGCCUCAAGCGGCCGUGGCUCAUAUCGGACCAGAUCCGGGAGAUGGCCAAAGACGAGAUUGUUGAGCAGGUCCUCCGACCAUUCUUUGACCGGCUGAGCAUCCGUGUGUAUGAGAGGACGUACGGCAUGGAGAGCGCAGAUCUUGCCGUUUGUCGCGAUGACCUGUUGGCGGAUUUAUUCAACGAGAGUACUAUGGCGAAUCAUACUUAG